GUAAAUGCAAUGUUUUAAAAAAUAUUGUAUUUGUGCGUUUGUAUUUGUUUUUAAUUUCUUCAUCAGCUGUGUACAGAUAUGUGAUUUCAAAAUAAAAUAAUAUGACUCGGCCAGAGCACUGAGAGAUAUUAGCUCUGCGUAAUCUGUUGGCGCUCUACAAAUAACCGAUAAUAAUAAUAUCAGGUAUUGAUGUAACUGAAGUGAAUAAGGGAACCUUCUUCCUGAGCAAAGAUAUUGGAGCCUGUUAUCAGCAUGAACUCAUAUGUGUUGGACAAACACAGGAAUAGUUCAUAUCCAUCCUUCACUACAGGAAGAAUCAGAGUGAUACCACAGACUUAAACAUUUUUAGACACCAAUGACUAUUCACCAACAAUGGGGAAAUCACAGCAGAUAUUUAAAGAACAUGGUGAAUUGUCAGGAACUGGACAGCAAUCGUUAUGUACAUAGAGUAAUUUAGUCAUCAAACAAGAGGACGAGAAUUAGGCCUUAUUUAGUGAGAUGAUUAUCCCUGAGGAUAGGCCACAAACAUUUACUGAGUUUUCAAAAAUUUUUAAAGGAUAGAAAAGUCUACAGUCUAGCCAAAUAAUUCAUACAAAGGAGAGACCUUUCAAAUCUACAGAAUGAGAGAAAAGCUUUAGAUAUAAGUCUCAUCUCCUAGAACACCACAGAAUUCACACAAAUGAGAAGCCAAACACAUGUCCUGAGUGUGGCAAAUGUUUUAUACAAAUGACAAAACGUAUAGCUCAUGAAAGGACCCACACAGGGGAGAAACCAUUUAGCUGUACAGAGUGUGGAAAACGUUUUACACAAAUGGAUAAUCUGAAAACUCAUAAAAAGAAUCACACAGGAGAAAAGCUUUUCACAUGUACAGAGUGUGGAAAAAGUUUUACACAAAAGAGUGACCUGAAAAAGCAUGAAAGGAUUCACACAGGGGAAAAGCCGUUCACAUGUACAGAGUGUGGAAAAAGUUUUGCACAAAAGAAUGACCUGAUAAAGCAUGAAAGGAUUCACACAGGGGAAAAGCCUUUCACAUGUACAGAGUGUGGAAAAAGUUUUACACAAACGAGUAAUCUGAAAAAUCAUAAAAUGAUUCACACAGGGGAAAAGCCUUUCACAUGUACAGAGUGUGGAAAAAGUUUUACAGAGAAGAGUAGUCUGAAAUAUCAUGAAAGGAUUCACACAGGAGAAAAGCCUUUCACGUGUACAGAGUGUGGAAAAAGUUUUACACGAAUGGGUCAUCUGAAAUCUCAUGAAAAAAUUCACACAGGAGAAAAGCCUUUCACGUGUACAGAGUGUGGAAAAAGUUUUACACAAAUGAGUAGUCUGACAUAUCAUGAAAGGAUUCACACAGGAGAAAAGCCUUUCACAUGUACAGAGUGUGGAAAAAGUUUUACACGAAUGGGUAGACUGAAAUAUCAUGAAAAGAUUCACACAGGGGAAAAGCCUUUCACAUGUACACAGUGUGGAAAAAGUUUUACAGAAAGAAGUAGUCUGAAAACUCAUGAAAGGAUUCACACAGGAGAAAAGCCUUUCACGUGUACAGAGUGUGGAAAAAGUUUUACACGAAUGGAUAAUCUGAAAUCUCAUGAAAGGAUUCACACAGGAGUAAAGCCUUUCACGUGUACAGAGUGUGGAAAAAGUUUUACACAGAAGAGAAGUCUGAGUAAACAUGAAAGGAUUCACACAGGGGAAAAUCCUUUUACAUGUACAGAGUGUGGAAAAAGUUUUACAGAGAAGAGUAGUCUGAGUAAACAUGAAAGGAUUCACACAGGGGAAAAGCCUUUUACAUGUACAGAGUGUGGAAAAAGUUUUACAGAGAAGAGUAGUCUGAGUAAACAUGAACAGAUUCACACAGGGGAAAAGCCUUUUACAUGUACAGAGUGUGGAAAAAGUUUUACAGAGAAGAGUAGUCUGAAAUAUCAUGAAAGGAAUCACACAGGAGAAAAGCCUUUCACGUGUACAGAGUGUGGAAAAAGUUUUACACAAAUGGGUCAUCUGAAAUCUCAUGAAAAAAUUCACACAGGAGAAAAGCCUUUCACGUGUACAGAAUGUGGAAAAAGUUUUACACGAAUGAGUAGUCUGACAUAUCAUGAAAGGAUUCAUACAGGAGAAAAGCCUUUCACAUGUACAGAGUGUGGAAAAAGUUUUACACAAAAGAGUGAUCUGAAAUAUCAUGAAAUGAGUCACACAGGAGUAAAGCCUUUCAAGUGUACAGAGUGUGGAAAAAGUUUUACACAGAAGAGAAGUCUGAGUAAACAUGAAAGGAUUCACACAGGGGAAAAUCCUUUUACAUGUACAGAGUGUGGAAAAAGUUUUACAGAGAAGAGUAGUCUGAGUAAACAUGAAAGGAUUCACACAGGGGAAAAGCCUUUUACAUGUACAGAGUGUGGAAAAAGUUUUACAGAGAAGAGUAGUCUGAGUAAACAUGAACGGAUUCACACAGGGGAAAAGCCUUUUACAUGUACAGAGUGUGGAAAAAGUUUUAGAGAUAAAAGUAAUCUGAGAAAUCAUGAAAGGAUUCACUAGGGAAGAAACCUUUCACAUGUUUAGAAAGUGGGAAAAGGUUUUAUUGAAAUUGGGUAUCACAAAACACCAAAUAUUUACACACAAAUACAUUUUAUAUACACAGUGUACAAACCUUUUUACAAUUAUCCUAAAGAGGACAAACUCUCUAAAUAGAAGCAUCAAAAAAUAUGUUAUUGUAAAUAAUUCUUACUAAAUCCCAGUUAUAAAAGCCCCAGAUUGGAAGUGAUCUCCUGCUGUUCUUUGUUCCUCUAUAUAUGUGCACCUCAGUUUCUCUCAUAUAAAUGUGAUAGAAUCCAAAUACCACACAGGAAUAUACAAAUCUGUCCUCAUACUGACCAGUUUACACAACCAUUCACCACCAAAGCACCCCCAGUGUUGUUUAUUAAUAUGCCAGUGUUAGGAGUUGUACAUUUGAUUUACAUAUGGGAGAAAAUAAUUACAUUUACAGAAUAAAUACUCUUAUAUGAAUAGAGUGUUAGACAAUUAUAUAAACAAGAAUAUCAGUCUCAAAUGAUUGACAUCUGGGAGAUAUA